CAUCAUCAAAAAACGCAUUGACCUGCCCAAAACUCACCUGCCCUCUCUCUAUUCAAAGACUCGACAACACAUUUUCAACCUCAAACUCUCUCUCUCUCUCUCUCAAAUUUCACUGAAUUCAUUGCAUAUCAUUUCCAUCUCUCUCUCCCUGCAAUCCAUGCUGCUGCAGCCAAUCACACCGCCGCCAUAACCAAAUGCUCAAGGUAUUCAACAAGAAGCUCCGCCGCCUCUGCUCCCGACUGGGCUGGCCCCGCCGCCGCACUCGCCGCUCCCGCCCCAAGAUCAUCGUGAAGAAGCUCGGCAAAUCCACCUCCAGACCUGCCCCCGAUUCCGCCGUCAUCCACCCCACCUCCGAAUUCGGCGCCGCCAAGCCGAUUAGGUUCGUCACAUUCAAUGCUGCCCUCUUCUCCAUGGCACCAGCUGUCACCACACCGGAUCAAUAUCCCGCCCAAACAAACUCCCUCGCCUCAAAAUCAUUCAAAGAUCGGCCGAGGAGCAUCCUCAAGCAGUCUCCCCUGCAUCCCGCCGCCGCCGAUGACGCGCCGUCGCGGCAGCAGAGGUUUGCGAGGUCGAGGCUGAGGGUCUCGAUAAACCUCCCGGAUAAUGAAAUAUCGCUGAAGAGGAGCGGGCAGCUGAGCUUCGACAAGUUUGAGGAGCUGGCCGGAGAUAGCAGGGGGAAGGCGGCGAGCGGCGGAGGAAGCAGGGGAAGGGCGGUGGCGGAGGUGCUGAAGGAGCUGAAUGCGGAUGUGGUGGCGCUGCAGGAUGUGAAGGCGGAGGAGGAGAAGAGCAUGAGCCCGCUCUCCGAUUUAGCUGAGGCUCUGGGGAUGAAGUAUGUCUUUGCUGAGAGCUGGGCGCCUGAGUUCGGCAACGCCAUCCUCUCCCGCUGGCCGAUCAAGCGCUGGAAGGCUCACCGGAUCUUCGAUGACACCGAUUUCAGGAAUGUACUGAAAGCCACAAUUGAUGUGCCACAAGUAGGUGAGAUCAACGUGUUCUGCACACUCCUCGACCACCUAGACGAGAGCUGGAGGAUGAAGCAAAUGAACGCCAUCAUCCAGUCGACCAGCGUGCCACACAUUCUAGCCGGAGGCCUAAACUCCCUAGACGAAACGGACUACUCCCAAGAUAGAUGGACAGAUAUUGUCAAGUACUAUGAAGAAAUGGGGAAACCAACGCCCAAAGUCGAGGUGAUGAAGCAUCUAAAGAGUCGAGAAUACACGGAUGCUAAGGAUUAUGCAGGGGAGUGUGAGUCUGUUGUGAUGAUAGCCAAAGGGCAGAGUGUGCAAGGAACGUGUAAGUAUGGUACGCGAGUGGACUACAUAUUAUCAUCAGUAGACGCGCCUUACAAGUUCGUCCCUGGAUCAUACUCGGUGGUCUCAUCAAAAGGGACUUCUGAUCACCACAUUGUGAAAGUUGAUGUGAUCAAAGUAGGCAGCAGCGGUGCUGAGCAGAAGGCACGGCUGCAGCAGAGGAGGCCGACUCUCAAGUUUACACAUUCUUCGUCUCCAUCAAAGGCUGUGUGGAAGAUGCAUUCAUGAGGAUAAUUUGCAAAAAUUAUCCUUUUAUUUUUUCUUUGAUUUGAUAUGAUUUGGUUAGCUGAUUUAGUUUGAUGAUUGAAAGAAUGCAUAGAGAGGUGGUGAGAAAAUUUAAUUAUAGACUACUUCCUUCUUCCUAUCAGUUUAAAUAUCUGAUGUAGGGGGGUUUAAAAAGUGUUAAGUUCAAACAUGCAAUGGGACUGUGAUUGUACAGAUAGAUUCAUAUGAGACUGUAAUUUAAUUUGUUUCACGUCUGUAUUCUUUGUGUGUGUAACAUUAUAUUGAAUAUUGAUAUAGAUAUUGAUAUUGAUAUUGA